AUGCCGUUUCCUCUAUUUCUUGAUAUCGAUGACAGCAGGUUGGUAGGCUUACAUUCAAGGCCAGGCGAGUCGGUCAGUGCUUUGCUGGAACAAAAGAACCUCCAAUGGGACUUUGAUGAAUCUCCCUUGGCGGUUCAACUGACCGACGCCAAAGAAGCCCUUUGCUCUCAUCAUCACACUGCCACCGAUACACCACCUGGGAGGGGGUAUACCGUCUUUCGAAUCACCAGCAUUUCCAAAACCUUUACCGUUUAUGCUCUACCCCUCCAGAGCAUCCAUCCCGACUCUGUCGUGACAGAACACUUGCCGGAGCUUUCAACGCAUCAGAAUGCCCCUGCUGUCAAUUUGUUGGAUGUCACCGUCCAGAUGUUGGCCAGUCGGCUCAAUCGAAUUGCGAGAGACACGGAUGGAUCGUGCUUCUGCUCGGGCGGUUGCCCUUGCCGCGCUUGUAGUCGCGCUGGCCUCGAGUGCGUCUACGGCGUGUCUCUCGACAAACGACGUAAGAUCCACCUAGAACGAGCGCAUACCGAGUCUGCGCUUCAGAAAGAGCUCCUGAACCGCCUCUUUGACCUCAUCCGCGACGGCGAUGAUCACAUUCGAAAUCGGCUGAAGGAUGAUGUACACAUUCAAACCCUCUCUCAACGACUGGGCUUCAGAAUAAUGGAAGAUCCCGGCGACUCUCUCGAUCAGGUUGAAGAGAUUCGUUCCUGGCCUUCAUCUCAGUCGUGGGAGAAUAUUUUGGGAUUCGACAGCGGUGCGAGCAGUGGACAAUUUGAUCUUGCAGGACUGUCAAGGACGACCACACCGAGUCCCGUUGAUUUUGACCCUCGUGAUCAAUAUCGGAUCUUAGGUUCCAAGCACCACGACAUUCCUGCUGUAAAGUCAGUAGGCAUCUUCGGACAGCCUUCAGGUGAAGUCGCCCAACAACUCCAUCAUCCUACUGCAAGCCACUUGCCCUUGAACUUACAUGUUCCCCAGUACUUGAUCCAACCAGCCCUGUUUGAGGAGGAAAGAUGUCCUCUUGCGGCCGUGUAUACCGACUUUCGAGACUAUGGACGCCGACGUUUAGCAGAAGGACACUCUGCCGAAGUUGUAUUAGGCAGUCCUCAGGUUGACUUGAGCGUGUUUUUUGGUGGCUGCAAACUUGAAGACCGUCACACACCAAAUACAUGGGCUUGCCAGUAUAUGAGUCUCCUUAAGGACUUGGACAUUUAUGUGUCGCUGGCAUGUGUCUUCACGUAUUCGCGGUUCAUGCGGUGGGCUAUCGCACCGUCCGAAGAAACUUAUGCCUUGCUUCCUGAGGCGAUGAGGCCAACACCGCUUCAGAGACUAGUCCCCCAUCACCCAGGAGUCGACUUGCCCAUCUUCCCAGAAAUGCGCGACGGACUCAUCCACGACAUGCGUGAUUAUAUUGUUGCUCUUCAGACGUUCGGCUGCAGCGUUAAUUGGCCAUAUGUAACGAUUUUUGCAUCCAUUUCUCAAGUACAUGAUUCGUCCUAA